AUGACAUAUUUGAGCGUGUCAUGGUCCGGCUCAGCUAGCCGACUCGGUUGGGAGUGCGGCUCUCCGCCGCCGCCGCCCCCGCCGGAUGACAUUAUAGAACUUUGUGCCUGCACGCACUGGACCGAGAGGAAGGAUGGCCUCACACACUUGGCCAACUACCUAAACAGCGGUCGCCUCCUAACCGACGAGCAGUUGAAGCGACUCACAGAACUCCUCAACAAAAUGUUCGUGGACGCGCACACGAAAGUGUUCUCACUACUACUGGAUGCUGUGUGCGAAUUGCUGCUGGUACAUUGGCAGCAGCUUAAAGACUGGCUAUACCAGCUGGUGUUCAGAUUGCUCAUGAAACUCGGCACGGACAUUUUGGGCUCAGUCCAAAGCAAGAUCAUGAAGACAUUGGACGUCAUACACGAGUGCUUCCCGGCUGAAUUACAGCUACACAAUAUAUUCAGGUUCCUAGCAGAUGGUGCGACGGCCCCGACCACUAAAACCAAGGUGGCCGCGCUUCGAUUCCUGGCGGAUUUGGCGCACGAUUACUGCACGCCCAAUAGCUUAGCGGUGGCGUUGCAUGGUGGUGCGACAGGAACAAGGUGGCGUGACAGGAGAAACAAGUGGCGUGACAGGAGAGACAAGUGGCGUGACAGGAGAGAGGUGGAGUGA